AUGAUAAGGGAUCUCACAAUUGAACAAUUGGUCACCGACAAAAAUGUCAAAGAUUCAACACAACAGAGCAAUUUAUUUAAUAUACAUCGUGUGGCUUAUGUAAUUUGUUGCAUUGCGAUAGCUGCAUUGGUUGGUAGGACGUUGGUGGGAUGGCCCAGCAUAGCCAAGAUGCUUCUGAAGUCGGGCGCAUAUCAAUGGUUAUGCACGGCAAAUGAAUUGGCACAGCACUCUGGAAAUAAGAUAGUCGAUAAAAUGGUUGAGAAUGCUGGUAAAAUCGAAGGAUGUAAAUGUUUGGCCCAGGACAUUGCUGUGCAAUCGCUAUUUGCCACAGGGAUGAUUGCUAUGAUGGCGGCAUCCGGAUUUGCCGGGAUUCUCAUUCACUAUGGCGGGGCAAGGAUUUCAUUCAUAAUUGGUACGAUGUUGUUAAUGACGGGCUGGCUAUUUUUAGGUUACUCGAAUGUCGACUUUAGGGCACAUGAGGUAGGAAUCAUACUUAUUGCGCUGGGAAUGGAUCCAGUGCUCUUUUCAUUGUUAUCUUCGGGCAAUCUAUUUCCAGGCAGUGAAAUGCUAAUAACAGCACUGCUGGCCUCAGCUACAUCUGUAAGUAUGAUCAUUACGACAUUAUUGGAUUACGCCAUCCAUUAUACUGGGAUAAAUUUCCCCACUGCUUUAACAAUAUAUGUAAUAGGUACUCAUUCGUUGAUGAUGGCAUUUGGUAUACUAUUUGUACCGCCCAGGCGAUUUUACCGCCAGAAUGAAAUUGAUGAGGCACUCAAACGUGUUGGAGAGUUUAGUAAAUUGGAUUUGCAUUUUAACGUGGAAAGGGGGCUCAAAUCACCAUCAUUUUCAGAAGUAGGAUUGCAAGACAAACUUUCCGUAUCUGAAACAGCAGAACACAUAGAACCAGUGUCAAUUACAGAUUAUAGCGAGACCAAGCCAGAAAUCUCUAAUAAUGGUGCGGCAAAAAUGCCAACAAUACCAAUUUUCAUGACAUUUCUGAUUCUAGUGCACUUUGUGUUGGUAAUUGCCGAGGGUACGUUUAUCAUGAUCACAAUGAGAACGCUCUUAGGCCAGUCUGCCACCAAUAUUUUGUCAUUUACGUUGCCAUUGUCGUUUAUCCCAUGUAUAAUUUUGGGUAAGGUGGCAGAUAAGUUUGACGUUAUAUACGUGCUUUGGUAUGAGGUAAUUUGCAUAAUAUUGACAUUAAUUGUAUCAGUGUUGCCCCUGCCGCACGUGGAUAUUGUGGCGGCUGUGUUAUUUGCGCUGUCUAAUGCAUGUCUUUCUGGUCAAUUUUGGUUUUUGAUUGUCGACAUUUACGAACCAAAAAUACAGAUGCUUAUGUUGGGCAUUUUAAGUUUCAUUUCUGGUGCAGGUGCCCUUAUUUCUCGAACCAUAUACGCAUACGUUGGGCGAUCUGUGGAAUCCAUAAAGAUAGGAAUGUACGCGUUUCUGGGUAUAUCCAUCUCACAAGUUAUUAUCGUAUACCUCAUCUCUCUGAGGAAGACCCAAGGUCUAUCUUUCAAAUGA